AUGCAUUGCGCUGGGGUCGGAUCAGCCGUAGAAGGAAAUCUCGCUCUAAUAAAGACUAGGAAAUCGUUACCUCCACUUCUUUGUUUAGCCGACAUAGCAGACUUGCGGGCUCUUAAAGCCGGACGUAGAAGGAGAAACCCUCUAGCAUUGUAUACAGAGGACGAUGGACAUGAUUUAAGUGACUUGGGCAUCGGCACCUCUAGUACCAAGAGCAGUUUGAGUGAAGACUGCGAUACACAUAGUUUGGCCAGCGAUGGUAUGGACUUGGAUAAAAACCAUUCAGACGUGGAAACCAUAUCAAAUUGCGAUAACAAUCGUAAAUUAGGUUCCAGUGCAAACGAAUACGAUACGUGUACAACUAUGACCAUUAGUUCGCCCGAACCCGAAGAAUAUACAUACGAGGGCGCUAUAGAAGGAUACAAGUCACGAAUUAUAUCACAGACCAACAGUAACAUAGUUAAGACGGUGGUCAACAAUAAUGUUAAAGAAAACACUCCCGAAAAGGCAAAUGGUGAUAUUAAUCGAAUUAGGACAUCGGUCAGCAACAAGAUUGAAGAAAAAGUUUCGUCGUUUCAACAGGAACGGGCUAAUGAUCUUAAAAAUAAUAAUCAGAAAAAAGAUUUGCCUAAAGUCGAUAUACAUAAACGAAGAGAACAAUUCGAAAGGGAAAAUUCACAAGAGUUGCAAUUGUCAAAACCCAAAGUGCCUGAAAUCGCAAAUAAAAGGUCGAUUAAGGAGAGAUUGUCUUGUUUAGAAAAGUUCAAUGAAGAUAUCCAACUUCAGAAGUCAACUAAUGACCUUGCUAAACUACCCGUGGAAGUGAAACCCCUGAAAGAUAGACUUAGUUCACUCGAAAAGGUUAAAUCAACUAAUGUAGACACAGAAAAAAAUAAGAGAUUGUCUAAUGGAGACCUCAGUAAUUCAAAGUCUCUUAGAGAGCGUUUGACGAGCUUGAAGUCACAGACAUCAGAAGAGGAAGUUAAGGUCACAAAAACUGAGGUCAAAGAGGUUUCAAUGAGCAUCAAAGAACGUUUGUCCUGCCUUGAUGCUGCCAAAAAUAAAGAAAUACCAAAAAUUGCAAUCGAAGCAGAAAUUAUGAGCGACGAUAAGAUCCCAGAACAGACUGAACACAGUGAAUUAAAAGAUAAACUGUCAAACAGUUCACUAAAACUUAAUUUGGCUGGAAUAGAAAAUCAGAUGCAAAGCUUCUGCCGCUCGCUCGAUAGCUUAGAUAUUAAUGAUCAGUCGUCUCCUAAUUCUUUCGACAGAGUCCAAAGUUUAGAAGAUUUUGACUGCGCCGAAAUGCAAAACAAUACAGUUCCGAGUGACAUUGAAACUGAGGAUAGUGGGAUCCAUACAGCCAGAGACUCGUGUGCACCAGCUGACGAUAUUGCAGAUUUGACUCAAGUAGCUUCUCCCAUUGGAGAACCUAUGGCUGAAGUAUCUGAAUACGAGUCGUCCAACGAGUACAACGACACCAUGAUGACUUUAGAACCCACUAAAACUGAGAAACCCAUCGGGAUUGACUCGGAGCCGUAUCAGAGGAAGGAUGAAGUUCAAGGAAACGAGGACGAAGAUAGUGAUAGUGGAAGCAAUUAUCUCCAAGCAGUGUCUCAACCAGAAGAAAGCAGCGCCACGGAAAUAACAGAAAUACAAAUAGACAAAGAAGACGAAGAUACUUUGAGGAGUCUGGACAAUCAGGACUCCAGUGUAAGUCUCAAUGAACCCGCGUCCACCGCUUCCGAGGGCGACACGGUCGUGUUCCAGGGGAAGAUGACCAUUCACGUGAACCUGAACGACAUGCGCAACACUUGUGGGGCCGGACACUGUGACACUAACAAUGUAGCUAACGAGGCGACUAACAAGGGCAUGGUAACUGUCUCUAACAUAACAACCACCACUAACAUCUCAUCCAAGUAUUCCAGACCAUUACAAACUAACACUAAAGCAUCUAGCGACACGCUUCACAGUGAUGUUAACAUUGACGACUCAUCGAUGCACUCUCGUAACAUUAGCGAAGGUGUUCCGUACACCGACCCGCCCCAUACGGAUCAUGGUUUUCAUAUUUGUGUACAGACCCCGGACACCACCCAUCCCGAACCCUGUAAUAAAGUGGUUUUAGACGCUUUAGAACUAGCAUUCCAGGAAUUGGAUUCUGAGGAAAGCGUCGAAGUCGCUAUGGACGAUAAUAAAAGCAACGCCGCCGGUGACGCUAAGAUUACUGAUAACGUCGAUGACUUGCUGAACUUCGACGUCAACAAGAAAGUAUCAGUGACACCGUUGUAUGAAAACAUCGAUAUAUUUAAUCAGAACUUGGUUGAGUCCAGCGAUUUCCCUCUGGAUCUGCCGACCAAUGCUCUCGAGCCUCCUAAAGAGAAGCCUCCGCCGCCGCCCACGGAAGACGGCCCCGACGAACUGCUAGGAAAUGGUAAUUUCAAGCACACAAGCUCUGCUCGCCGCAUCAAGAAAGAGAUUCGGAACAAGCGAACCAGUUUCCUAGGCCUCGAGGGUCAAGACGACAGCUAUCUAGAUGUCGAUCUUAAACUAUCACCUCGACCCGACAUCACUUCCUUCCUACAAGAGGAGACGAAAAUCGAGAAGCUUCUGUACAGAAAGACUUUAUCCCAUGAUAACGCGAAGUUGAGGGACAGUCGGGACUCGGGCGUGGAUGUGGACAGAGGCACGGAGAGUUGGUACAAAGGACACUCCUCGCCAGACACCUCGAGCCCGCACAGCCGACAGAACAGUGAGCCUUACCAAAUGACCGUUACAUCUGACGAAGAAGAGGCGACGAAAAAAUCAGAACAAGCGUUCUCAAAGGAUUUAACAACUAAACUGUCCGGCUUGACUGAAAAUGGUGAAACUCAAGAUAAUAAAAUAGAUCACUUGGAUAAGAAAAUACAACAACAGCAGGUGAGCUCCGACUGA